AUGGCUUUACAGUUCAUUGAAAGUGAAAAGCGAAAACCAAAAUUGUGUGUAAACAAUCAUAUUUAUUAUAAAUACAAGGUGGUGGAUGAAACAACAUAUUGGAAAUGUGAAAAAUUCCAAAUUACAAAGUGCAAAGCUCGAAUGAGCACGCAAGGCGAAAGAAUUGUGUCCCAUGGGAAGAAAGAACACAAUCAUGUCGCUGAUGUUGCGAAAGUGGAGUGUGACAAGAUACUAAAUAACAUAAAAGACACUGCAAGAAAUACUCGAGACUCUCCCCAUGUGAUUGUGUCAGAUGCUUCAGUAGGAGUGAGUUUGGCUAUCGCAGGAAGGCUACCAUCAGUUGACUGCAUGAAGAAAACCAUUAGAAACGUAAGAGCAAAGGAAAAUCCAGGUCCUGUGCUUCCUUUACAUCGAAGGGAUAUUGUUUUUCCUGAAUUGUACACUCUGACAGAAAACCAAGAAAUAUUUUUAAUGUUCGAUUCCGGUCCUCAGGACGAUCGAAUUUUGAUUUUUUCUACCAGACGAAACUUACAGCUAUUGGCACGUUCUAGUCACUGGUAUGCUGACGGCACAUUUAAGGUAUCUCCACCGCUUUUCGCGCAACUAUAUACCAUACAUGGACUUAGACACAGCAACAGCAUACCUUUAGUAUACGCUCUCUUGCCUGAUAAAACUCACAAUACCUAUGUGCGACUUCUUGGACAAAUUAAGCAGCUCGAGGCAACUGUUAACCCAGAAACGAUAUUAAUAGACUACGAAAGUGCAAUAAUCGGUGCCAUUGAAAGCGAAUUUCCUGGAGUUGUUGUGCGUGGAUGCUUUUUUCACUUUUGCCAGUGUAUUUUUCGUUCUAUCCAGUCAAAUGGGUUACAGCAACGAUACGAAACUGAUGCUGAUUUUGCACUCACUAUGCGCUACCUGUCAGCACUAGCAUUUGUUCCUCUUAACGAGUUAGUGCAAUCCUUUGAUCUGUUAUUGGAUAACAACGUCUUUCCACCAGAAGCCCAGCCAGUAAUUGAUUAUUUCGAAGACACCUGGAUUGGCCGCCCUGACAGACGACUGCGUCGUCGUGCACCACGAUUUGCGCAUGUCAUGUGGAACUGCUACAACAGUGUACUGGAAAACUUGCCAAAGACUAACAACGCUCUAGAGGGAUGGCAUCGCGGCUUCCAGGAGAUGGUAGGCGGAAAUCAUCCAAACAUAUGGAAGUUUGUUAAUGCGCUUAAGAAAGAACAGAGCCUCAAUGAGUUGAGAAUUGAGCAAUACCAUAGUGGGCAGCAACCGCCAGCUAGCCGAAAGAAGUAUCGCGAUUGUGCGGAACGAAUACGACGUUUAAUAUUAGAUUUUGAUCCAGCCAAUGACGUAGUGCCAUACCUUCGAGGAAUUGCCCACAACAUUACCUAUUAGAAUACGUAUUUAGUUUGUGAAAUGAAAAAAAAUAUAGAACCAAAAAAGUGUUGUCAACCGCACAUAGUGCACGAACUGCCCCAAAACAUUGUAAAUAUUGUAAACAAAAAGCAAAAAAACAACAAAAAAGUAUUGACAACCGCACAUAGUGCACGAACUGCCCCAAAACAUUGUAAAUAUUGUAAACAAAAAGCAAAAAAACAACAAAAAAGUAUUGACAACCGCACAUAGUGCACGAACUGCCUGCCCCAAAACAUUGUAAAUAUUGUAAACAAAAAGCAAAAAAACAACAAAAAAGUAUUGACAACCGCACAUAGUGCACGAACUGCCCCAAAACAUUGUAAAUAUUGUAAACAAAAAGCAAAAAAACAACAACAAAAAAGUAUUGAC